GUAACGAUGGAUACUAAAACCAGAUGCCGUGACGCAGGGGUAUUCAGCGCCAUCAUUGCUGUCCAUACGGCCCCCUCUAACUUCCAGAACAGAGAAGUGUUUAGAUGGCUGUACGGCGACUUCAACAAAACUAAACCUAACAGGUACAAG